AUGUUUAUAAAAGCUCAGUUUAAACGUACCACGGCUGGAUACAUAGGAUAUGAAGAAGGAGGUAUAUUGACAGAAGGUUUAUUAAGAAAACCAUAUUCAGUUGUUUUAUUUGAUGAAGUUGAAAAAGCCGCACCAGAUGUGUUAACAAUUCUUUUACAAGUUUUAGAUGAUGGUAGAAUAACAAGUGGUCAAGGAAAAGUUAUAAAUUGUUCAAAUGCUAUAUUUAUAAUGACAUCGAAUUUAGGUGCUCAAUAUAUUGAAGCUAAUAAAGGAAGUAGAAUUGAUUUAACAACAAAAGAAUUAGUUUUAACUGCAGUAAAAUCACAUUUUAGACCAGAAUUUUUAAACAGAAUAACGAAUAUUGUAAUUUUCAAUAAAUUAAGUAGAAAAGGAAUUGCCAAAAUUGUUAAUAUAAGAUUAAAAGAAAUUCAAAAAAGAUUUGCAAAUAAUGGUAAAGAUAUAAAAUUAGAUUUAGAUCAAGCAGCAAUUGAUUAUUUAUGUAAACAUGGUUGGUCACCAGAUUUAGGUGCAAGACCCCUUAAUAGAUUAAUUCAAAGUGAAAUUUUAAAUAAAUUAGCUAUAUAUUUAUUAAGAGGUCAAAUUAAAGAUAAAGAAACUGCAAGAAUUGUUGUUGGUGAUAAAGGUUUAGAAGUUUUACCAAAUCAUGAAGCUGAUGAUGUUGAUAUGGAUGGUGGUGAGAAUGAAUGGAAUGAUGAUGUAGAUGAUGAUGAUGAUUUGGCAAGUCCAGGACUUGAUUAA